ACAUGACUCCCGCUGCGUGUGACUGACCCGCAUUCUUCCGCAGACUCUCGCCCCGCAGCAGAGAGCCGAUCACCGCACACACACCGACCUGCGGGGCUCGUUCCUGUCCGUUACCCGGUGACCGAGCGCUUCCUCCGGGGCUUUCCUCCGGGGCUUCCCGUCGGUGAUGGCCGAGCUGCUGCCGCCGGACUCCGGACGGUGUACGUAUUUCUUCCUGUACGAUGGGUCGAAGGUCAAAGGCGAGGGCGACCCCACGAGGGAGGGGAUCUGCUACUUCUACCCUGAAGAGACCCUGUUGGACCGACAGGAGUUGCUCUGCGGUCAGCUCGCCGGCGUCGGGCGCUGCGUCUCCGAGCUUUCCCUCUCUCCCGUCCGCGUCCUGCGGCUGCGACGCAACAAGUUCGCCAUCCGCAUGAAAGACGACUUCUUCUGGGCUCUCGGCUGCUCGGUGGACGUCCCGAUCGUCAGCGUCUGCGAACUCCUCGAUCAGCUGAUCGACCUUUUUACUUUCUACAACGGCUCCAUCAGACAAAGUUACCAGCUCAACAGUCAGGAAGCGCUGGCCGCUCGCUGGGCUCAGUAUCUCUCACACCUUCAGUCCGGAUCCUCGGAGCUCCAUCGGAUCUUCAGCUGCCUGCGAACCAUCGACUCCACCAACGUCGAUCCACUCCUGCUGCUGAAGGCCGCCCUCAUUCUUCAGGCCUGCCAGCGCUGCCCUCUGGUGUUAGCCGGCUGCAUCCUCUUCAGAGGAAGAGUUGUGAGCACACAGAUGUUUCCAGAGCUCACGAUGAAGGUGAUGGUUCAUGAGAGUGAAACUUACACAAAGGCUCCGAGGUCCAACGGACAGAGUAGCUCCAGCCCGUCUGGAGGUGCCGUCAGCUCCACCACCGUGUUCCUGACCCUGUCCGAACUUCAGUACCUGCAGUCCGCCCCCGUCGACAAAGACUUCAGCUCCCAUUCGACUCCACACAAAGACACAGUCCCUCCGAGAAAGACCCGCCUGUCAAGAACCUUAUCCGACAUGGCCUCCACUGAUUCGGAGCAGUCCGAUCCGGGUUCCUCUCAGUCCCCCCAGAAGGUCUCCUUCAGUCCCGACUCCACGUUCAGUCCCGUUCCAUCGCAGUCGCUGGAGCCUCCUUUCUCAAACGGGAAACACUCCCACGAAGCUGAGGAGGAGGCGCUGGAGGAGUCGUAUUAUCACAGCUUUCACAGCAACGGAGGAGGAGGAGGAGGAGGAGGAGACGGAGGAGGAGACACCUCGGUGUUUGAGGAAGACUCCCCUCUGAACGGAGGAAGAGGAGGAGACGCGGCUUGUGGGACGGUGUUUGACUUCAGAGAGUCUCGGUCCGGGAACGAGGAGUCGCGUGCCGAUGAGGAUCAGGAGGAGGCCUGCAGAGGAAGAGGUGGCUGUGGGAGCGCUGGAGACCCUCCUCCUCCUCCUCCUCCUCCUCUUCCUCGCUCUCGUGCUUUGGGCAACCCGGAGGAGAGUCCGCUGGUCCCCAUGACGCUGUACAUGCACCGGGUUAAAGGCCUGGUUCUGGCUCUGCUGGUGGAGCUGCACUUCCUGAGCGACACGGCGGCGAUGGAGGAAGUGUAUCACAGCAGCCUGGCGUCACUCAAUGGACUGGAAGCCCAUCUGAGGACCAUCUCUCCGGGGCCUCCGGGACCUCCAGGACCAUACUUCUUCUCCCAUUUCGACUGCAUUCAGAGCACGCUGACAACCAACCUGUCUGGUGGACCAGGGGGAGCCCCGGAGCGUCCUUUUGUCAGAGCCACAUCACUUCUUCACUCGCAUUUCUGUAACACUGAAACUCUGCAGGAGGCUAUUAUCAGGAGCGCCGGCGCUGCCGUGUACGGGACCCGCAGCAUAGCUCAGGAGACGUUCUUCCAGCAGCACGGGGCGUCGCUGAGGAACUCGGGCAUCCCGAACCACCAGGACAGCGCCUUCUCGCUGCCAGGCAAGGCCCGACACAGACUGCUGAAACACGGGGUCAACCUGCUCUGACCCGGGCGGCGGCGGCGGGACGUCCGCUCUGUUUGUUGAACUGUCCUGUGAGUAAAACCAACAGAGGAAGUGUGAUUUAAAGCUCCUGUUCGUGUUUUUUUAUUUGUAUAAGUUUGUUCACACUGAAGUUUUAUUUUCACGCUUGUUUGAGCACAAUUUACCUUUUUGUAUCAACAAUUCAACCAAAUUAAGCUCCAGUUUCAAUUCACAGAUGUUGUUUCUGUUCAUCCCAAACUGUAAUAACUCCUCUUUACUUGUAUUUAUUAAUUUAAUUUAGUCUAAAACUGGAUAAAAGUCUUAGUGUUUUGUACAGAUCUUUGCUGGCAAAACGUUGUUGGUUUAUUACACAAAUUUAUAAAAAUCUAAAAUAGCUUUUUAUAAAAGUUUUGGUAGUAAAAAAAAGGUGUCUUUUACUAUUUGGCUCUAAAAACUGCUGUUUGUUUUUCCUUUAAAGUGUCAUUUGUUCAGGGGCGGAGCUACAGGGGACGGGGCCAAUAAAUGACACGUUACAUUAGAUUAAUUUUAAUAAUAAUGUGUUUAAAGG